GUGACAAGCACAGUGCAAUACCUACCCCUAGUACCGUACGUGCCUGUAGUGGGCCCAUUAAACUCGUGCCCCUCCACGCGUUCUGCGCGCGUGCCCAACGCGGACCCCUCUGUGACUCUGCAUCAGCGCACCGCUCAAACAAACCGACUUCUGCCUUCGUCUGGAACCAGAUCUAUUCAGUCCCCACACAUACUGAAGCAUCGACAAUCGAUACACGAUGGCAGAAGCAGAAAUCACCCAAGGCGCGAUAGAGGCCAUUUUCUGCGACCGCGAGCGUGCUGCUGUCCAGUUCCCCGUCCCGGUGCUGCAAUGUCUUCAUAUCAAGUUUCUCGAGAAUAAGAACCCCGGAGUCCCUGGGCCCGAGAGGUACCGCAUCGUCCUCAGCGACAUCCGCAACUACGUGCAGUGCAUGCUGGCCACUCAGGCGAACCGUGUGGUGCACGACGGCCUGCUGCAAAAAGGCUCCAUCGUCCGUGUGAAGCAAUACCAAGCCCAGUCCGUCAAGGGAAAGAGUAUUUUGAUCAUCCUCGACCUCGAUGUCAUGACGCAUCUCGGCACGCCGGACAAGAUCGGUGACCCCAAGCUCAUGGAAGCCGCACCGAGCGAGCAGCAGCAGAAUACCACGAUUGGUGGUGCCGGUUUCUACGGCGGCGCCAAGAGCGAGCCGGCAGCAGUUCACGAGACGAAGCCGCAGGUUCAGCGGCAAGUCGCAUCCCGCACGGGAGGCGGUGGCGGCAGCGGCGGGCACGCGGCGAGCACGAUAUACCCGAUCGAGGCCAUCUCGCCGUACGCUAAUAAGUGGACCAUCAAGGUCCGCGUCACGAGCAAGUCGGACAUCAGGACGUGGCACAAGACCCACAGCGAGGGCAAGCUCUUCAGCGUUAACCUGCUGGACGAGAGCGGCGAGAUCAGGGCGACGGCCUUCAACCAGGAGGUUGACCAGUUCUACGACCUGCUGCAGGAGGGCUCGGUCUACUACAUCUCGACGCCCUGCAAGGUGCAGCUGGCCAAGAAGCAGUUCAGCAAUCUCGCCAACGACUACGAGCUGAUGCUGGAGAGCGGCACGGUCAUCGAGAGGGCCGACGACCAGAGCUCGGUACCACAAGUGCGCUUCAACUUCUGCACCAUCCAGGAGCUGCAAGGGGUCGAGAAGGACGCGACCGUCGACGUCAUUGGCGUGCUCAAGGAGGUCAACGAGCUGGAGCAAAUCACGUCCAAGACGACGCAAAAGCCCUACGACAAGCGCGAGCUGACACUCGUCGACGACACGGGCUACUCGGUGAGGGUGACGAUAUGGGGCAAGACGGCCAGGGAGUUUGAUGCGAGCCCGGAAUCCGUCAUCGCCUGCAAGGGCACGAGGGUCAGUGACUUUGGCGGGCGCAGUUUGUCACUCCUGUCGUCGGGCACGAUGGCGAUCGACCCGGACAUUCCCGAAGCCCACAAGCUCAAGGGCUGGUACGAAGCGCAGGGGAGGAACAACACGUUUGCGACGCACAGCAACCUCUCAUCGGUCGGCGCUGCCACCGGCCGCAAGGACGACGCCAAGUGGAUCGCCCAGAUCAAGAAUGAGAACCUCGGGGUGGACAAGACCGACUACUUUACGGUCAAGGGCACCAUCGUGCACAUGAGGCAGGAGAACUUUGCCUACCCGGCUUGUCCGUCGGAAAGCUGCAACAAGAAGGUGACCGACAUGGGCGACGGCACGUGGCGGUGCGAAAAGUGCAACAUCACCCACGACCGGCCGCAGUACCGCUACAUCAUGAGCGUCUGCAUUAGCGACCACACGGGCAAUGUCUGGAUCAGCUGCUUCGACGAGCAGGCCCGCCUCAUUAUGGGCAAGACCGCCGACGAGAUGAUGGAGUUGCGUGAGCAGGACCAGGCCGCCUUUGAGGCCGCCUUUGACGCGGCAAACUGCAGGAAGAUGUCGUUCCGGUGCCGCGCCAAGAUGGAAACUUUUGCUGAGCAGCCGAGAGUUCGUAUUAGUGUCUGGAACGCUGCGCCGCUGGAUUACAAAUCGGAAGCUCACAGGUUGGCGGAGCUGAUCAAGGAGAUGAGCGUGUAAGGCUGGAAGGGAUAGAGGAAGAGAGAAGGUUGCCGUUGGAGAAUGCUUGCGACGAUGGGAAGGGCCGCAAGCCGCGGGAUGCACAUAUGGGUCAUUGCUUUGUAUCAUGAAUAGUUGAUCCGGGAUAUUGUGCCACGAAAGUGACUCCCAGUGAAUGGAGGGGGGGGGAGUUGCCCUUGAAUCGAGGCCCCCAAGCGUGGCCGCACCGAGAUUGAAACGUUGAUGUCAACAAACGGACAGGGGGUCUUGCCCGCGUGCAAGCCCACACAUAAACUAUGUACGUAUGUACAUACAUACUACUCCGUAGUAGUUACCAGUGUGAGGUAUGCUGUGGGUGACACAUGCGGCAGCCCUGUGGGUGCUGCCGCUGCGGUGCAAUUGCUCGUCA